AUGAAAAGAGCAGGAUAUGAAAUUAUUGAGCAAGUAAUGAAUGAGUUACAACAGGAUCUACCAAUUCAUAACAUAGACAUAGAAGCCUUAAAUAAUUUCAAAGAAGAUUGGAUUAGUGGAUUUGAGAAUCUACAGCAUGACAUUGUCAGUAAAAUGAAUGAAUCAAAUAAAGAUAGUGUAAUUUAUGAUGAUGAGCUAUUAGAUGAUUAUAUUGAAAGUAGAAAUUCACUUGAAUUUAGUGAUGAACUGUCAUAUGAUGAGUUUGAUAAUUUGUCAGAAGAAAGAGAAAUAAAGAAAGCAGAAAAAUCCAAUAAUACUUAUUUAAUUGGUUUGUAUGUAAAAAUAAAUAAAGUAAAAGACAGGUUUCAUUGCACUUUUAAAGACGGAUUUAUUAAUUCUAAUGGAUUACAUGAUAUCCCAUUUAAGGGAGGGACAGGAACAUUAGAUUGGGAGAAACAUUAA